GCAACCGGGACCAGCCGGUUCCACAGGCUGAGUCCACGAGCUUCCGGGGGGUGAGCGGUCUGAGCCUCCCCGUGCCGGCCGGCCGGCCAGCCACGGCCUUCCCGGCGCUGGACUACAUUUCCCAGAGUCACCGCGUCCGGAACGCGGCUUCAUUUCCGUUGGUUUGCGAGAUUUGGAGGUAUCGCGUGGGGAGAGGGCCGCGUCUGUGGAGGAGCUGGGCUCGGCACCUGCUAGGCUGGCGAACCCGAAAUCGGGCUUGUAACCCGAGUGCCGGAUCUUGGACCCUGAACUGCACCUCUGUUGGGGUAGGAGUGUCCGGGAUGCCAGAGCGGACUUGCGCGGAGAAAGCGUCUCUGGGGUUACGCGUGUGGCCGUGUCUCGGGUUUUGUGUGCUGGCUGCAGCCUGCCUGGUAUUGGUGCCUGCCUGUGCAUACACGACUGGGCGUGUGUGGCUGUGGUUUUGUGUAUGAGCAAUUGUGUGAAUGUGAGUUGUUUGUGACUCUGAGGGUGUUUGUGACUGUUUGCUUACCUGGCUGGGAUGUGCUCAUGUGACUGUGUAUGUACCGCGUGUAUAAUUGAGGUUUGCCUGUGACUAUAAAGUGUGUGACAUUUGUGACAAGAGUGUUUGGAUGUGCUUGUGUCACUUUGAGGUUGUGUAUAUACCUGAUAUCGUGUGACGGGUUUGCCAGUAAAUGUAAGGUGUGUGACUGUGGCUGUGACACGGUGUUUGUGACCACGUGUUUCCCUGAUCUGGUACUUGGUUGGGUGACUGUGUGUGACUGUCGGGUUGUGUGUUUUUAUGACUGAGUAAAGAGACUAAACUUGGAGCUUUGAAAGGGUGUUUCUGGCGGUAUGUGUCUCUGACAAGGUGCUUGGAUGUAAUUAUAUGCCUUGUACUUAAUGGGAUUUUGUUUGAGAGGAGGUGCUCUAACAAUGUAGCAUAAUUGGGUGAUUGUGCCUUUAGUUGUGUGACUGUGGAAAUGUGAUUAUGUGUGACUUUGGCCAUUUGUAUAUUCUGUGACCUUAUGGGUUGUCCAGUACAGAAGUAAAUUUCAUUUUGGUAUUUCUGGGGUUGAGGUCUGUCUAUGGAUCAUGAGUCUUAUGUGGCUCUGUGCUCCUCUGAGGACUUAAGGACUUCUGUUUUUACCACAGUGGCUGCCCGUUCAUACAUGGCCUGUAUUCCUUCAUUUCUGUAUCCAUCCUUGGCCCACCUGUGAAAUGUAGUUCCCGGUUCACGGCUUCUUCCCUGUGUCCUCUCACCUUAUAGCCUUAAGGGGACUGAAUGCAAGGAAGUGGCAAGAAGUAAGGAAGCCAGACAUUUGGACACCUGGGUAAAGAAUAGGAGUUAUUUGCAAGCCACAGACCUGGUUUCGAGAUGAGAAUUUUAGGGCUUAAAAUACCUUCAAGACAGGCCACUGGAAGUGUCAUGGGAUUCCAGGAGUGGGAAUAGUUUCAGAGGGAGUGCUUUUGGAGGCAGCCACACAGUUCUGAACCUGAAGCACUCCACCACAGGGCUCUCUGUCUCCAGCAUACAACUUUGAAUCCAGAAAUAAAUUCAAGCCAAAGACGGCUGUGACCUGGCCCUUCUUUCUGAUACAGAAGAAACCAGAGGAUAAAGAAUGGCUGUUUCAGUCGCAAUGUCCAAGCUCUGCAUUCUCCAGACUCUGUGCUUUUCUAAGAUAGGAAACCAGAAGAGGACUGAUCAUUUCUUGCAGGUCUAAAAACCAUGGCUUGGGUAAAUUGGAGUUUCUUUGUGCUCUCUUCACUUACUUUUUUACAGAAAAGUAGUGAUGUUCAGGGAUGUUGCUAUUGACUUCUCUCAAGAAGAGUGGGAAUGCCUGGACGCUGCUCAAAGAGAUUUGUAUAGAGAUGUGAUGUUGGAGAACUACAGCAACUUGGUAUCACUAGACUUGCCUUCAAGGUGUGCAAGAAAGGACUUAUCUCCAGAAAAGAACACUUAUGAAACAGAAUUAUCCCAAUGGGAAAUGAGUAACAGGCUUGAAAAGUGUGACCUUGAGGAGUCCAAUUCUAGGGAAUAUUUGGAAGCCAAAGCCAAGAUGGAGAAGCAACAAGAAAAUCAGAAGGAAUAUUUCAGGCAAGGGAUAAUCAUAUAUGACAAAAUGUCCAUUUUCAACCAGCAUACUUACUUGUCUCAACAUUCAAAAUGUCAUUCUACUGAGAAACCCUAUAAAUGUAAGGAAUGCGGGAAAGCCUUUAGACGAGCCUCACACCUAACACAACAUCAAAGUAUUCAUACUGGUGAAAAACCCUAUGAAUGUAAGCAAUGUGGGAAAGCCUUUAGUCGUGAUUCACAGCUCAGUCUUCAUCAGAGACUUCAUACUGGUGAGAAACCUUAUGCAUGUAAGGAAUGUGGGAAGGCCUUUACUCAAAGCUCACAACUUAUUUUACAUCAUAGAAUUCAUACUGGUGAAAAACCAUACAAAUGUGAAGAAUGUGGGAAAGCCUUUAUUCGUAGCUCACAACUUACCCGACAUCAAAAAGUUCAUACUGGUGAGAAACCUUACGAAUGUAAAGAAUGUGGGAAGGCCUUUACUCAGAAUUCACAACUUACACUACACCAGAGACUUCAUACUGGUGAGAAGCUCUAUGAAUGUAAAGAAUGUAGGAAGGUCUUUACUCAGCUCUCACAACUUAUUCUGCAUAAGAGAAUUCAUACCGGUGAGAAACCGUAUGAAUGUAAGGAAUGUGGGAAAGCUUUUAUUUGUGGCUCACAGCUUUCUCAACAUCAAAAAAUUCAUAAUGGGGAAAAACCAUAUGAAUGUAAGGAAUGUGGAAAGGCUUUUAUUCGAGGCUCACUACUUAUGCAACAUCAGAGGAUUCAUACUGGUGAAAAACCCUAUAAAUGUGAAGAAUGUGGGAAGGCCUUUAUCCGCGGCUCACAACUUACCCAACACCAGAGAAUUCAUACCAAUGAAAAGCCCUAUGAAUGUAAGGAAUGUGGAAAGACGUUUAGUCAUGGCUCACAACUUACCCAACAUCAGAGAAUACAUACUGGUGAGAAACCCUAUCAAUGUAAGGAAUGUGGAAAGGCAUUUAAUCGUGGCUCGCUCCUUACACGACACCAGAGGAUUCAUACUGGUGAGAAACCCUAUGAAUGUAAAGAAUGUGGAAAAACCUUUAGUCGUGGCUCAGAACUUACUCAGCAUGAGCGAAUUCACACAGGUGAGAAACCCUAUGAAUGUAAGGAAUGUGGGAAAUCUUUUAUUCGUGGUUCACAGCUUACUCAACAUCAGAGAAUCCAUACUGGUGAGAAACCUUAUGAAUGUAAAGAAUGUAGAAUGGCCUUUACUCAGAGUUCACAUCUUUCCCAACAUCAAAGACUUCACACUGGUGAGAAACCCUAUGUGUGUAAUGAAUGCGGAAAGGCCUUUGCGCGUGGCUUACUACUUAUACAACAUCAGAGAAUUCAUACUGGUGAGAAACCGUAUCAAUGUAAGGAAUGUGGGAAAGCCUUUAUUCGUGGUUCACAGUUGACUCAACAUCAGCGAAUUCACACUGGAGAAAAACCCUAUGAAUGCAAGGAAUGUGGCAAGGCCUUUAGUCAUGGCUCUCAACUUACUCUACAUCAGAGAAUCCAUACUGGUGAGAAGCCCUAUGAAUGCAGAGAAUGCAGAAAGGCCUUUACUCAGAGCUCACAUCUUUCUCGGCAUCAGAGGAUUCAUACUGGUGAGAAACCAUAUCAAUGUAAGGAAUGUGGGAAGGCCUUUACUCGUGGUUCACAACUAACACAACAUCAGAGAAUUCAUAUCAGUGAGAAAUCUUUUGAAUAUAAAGAAUGUGGUAUUGACUUUAGUCACGGCUCAGAAGUUUACAUGUGAACUGUCUGAUUCUUUGAGAUCACUAUGAAGAGGUUCUCUGGUUGUUAUCAGCAACGAAUUCUCACAGAUGUGAAUAUGGGUGCACGUCUGCCUCAGGCACAGCAUCAGAGAAUUUGUAUGAGGAAAAGAAAAUGUUAGUGUCAUUCAUAUAGAAAAACCUAUCAUUACUGAAAACCUAUUAAACAUUAGCAAAUUGGAGAAUAGUUUCAAUGCAGUAAAUGUAGGAAGGCCUUUAGCCAUAUUGAAAACAAAUAUCUUUUUCAACAUUAUCUUAGCUCUACUAGUUGAUUUUUUGUUGUUGUUAUUGUUAUAUGUAUCAUGAUACUUAACCUCUACCUUGGUUUAAUCAUUUAAGAUACACCUAAGUAUAUUACCUUUAUUAUAAGAUUCUUGGAAGUAUUAUGUAAGUUAUUACAUGUGAAAGCUCUUAGAAUGGUGCCUUGAACAUAGCAUACCACAAAUAUUAGCUACCAUUUUCCCUAGUGUUAUUUUAGAGAAUUUGCAUGAGAGGAGAAAACUUAUGAGUGUAAUAAAUAUUGAGAAAUCUUUUAUCAACACAUCCUAGAUGGGUAAGGGGCACUGUAUGCCAUAAUGAAUGUGAGAAAGCUGUCAUUUAAAUCUCAUCCAUUAUUGCUAUAAGAGGAAAUUCAUACUGUUCAAAAAAAAGCCAGUGGAUUUAAUGACUAGAUGAUUGAGCACAGCUGUUUGAGAAUUGGGGCAAGGCGUGAAGUGAUUUUUAACAAAGUCUAAGAUCCAAAGUCUAAUCUAGGAAAUUUUUAAAAACUUGAAUGUAUUGCUUUUGAAGUAAACAAAAGUAAGAACCAAUAUUACAGACUAUUUUGCAAUGCAAAAUGAUGAGAGUUUGUGAUAGAGACUGCUUUUUUCCUACUCUAUAUCUAUUUUCUCUUUUUUAAUAACAAAAUUCUGGGCUGAAAAACUAUCUCAGCCUUCCUUGCAGAUCAACAAGAUAGAAGUGGUGUUUAUAUGAGUAGGAGAUUUAUGAAAUCCAUUUUUUUCUGUCUUUUUUUCCCCUUCCUACAACGUGGACAUCAAAGCUGGAGCUCCAGUACUGUCAUGGGGACUUUGAGAAUGGUAUCUGGGUGUUAGGGAUCAUGGAGCAGACAUGCAGAAGGAGUCUGCAACCCUGAUGAUUUUGUGGAACAGCCAUACUUGCUCUGGUCUGCUUGCCUCCUGUGUUUGUUUAAAUAAAAUUAAACAUCUUAUUUGUUGA